AUGGCCGUUCACACCUCUGCUUCUAGAGCAAACCAAGAUGAGGAAAAAAGGAAGGCUCGUCGUGAACUCCGCCAAAAGCGAAGCUACGAUGCGGAUAUUCAUCGAGUCAAGGAUGCCCAAAGGUCGGGAGGUAGAGCUUCCCCAAAAAUGAAAGAAGGCUACAGGGAAAGGGUACGCCAUUAUGAAGAAUUUUUGAAAGAAGAGAAGGGCUUACCCGAAGACUAUAAGGUUGGAGUUGGACAUCGAGUGCCGGGUUUAGAAGAGCUCAAAGAAUUUAUCCGCUGGCAUGUCGACUCAACCGUGGGUAGACUCGACCCUGACGGACGUCCGACCAUGAACUCGACCUUAGUCUGGGCUCAAGAGUUUGCUCUGGGAUUUUAUCUCGAGACCAAGAGAGAGAUUCCUUACCAUGACAGACAAGACCUAUACAGCUGGAUUGAGCAUGAUUUACAUAAUUUCAAGCUGAAAAGCUUUGAGCGUGCUAUGGUCGCUUUCUGGACCAUUGAUGACCCAUUUUUCAUGACUGGAAGAUACCGUGUCCAGUUUCAUUUUAUAACUCUACAGAAUCUGUGUGUAGGGUCCAGAGUGUCCUCUUUGACUCCAGCAUCCGAAAAUAAAGCCGGCAGGGGUCUUCGUUAUAAGAAUAUUGAACUUGUUUUGUUCCGCGACACAGAGGCCCCUUGGAGAAUCGGGUGGCGUCUGGAUCAACAAUUCGUCAAGAACAACAAAGACCCUGAGAACACCAUGUGA